AAAGGUCGGGUUUAAUGAGAUAGCUUCUGAAAAUGCAUAAGGAUAUGAACUCUUAUGUUCCGUUUCAACAGAAUAAAGCGUGGGAGAAAAAUACACCUUUUAACAAUUCAUCUUCGAAACCUCGUUAUACGUCUCACAUCUUGGGAAGGAGAUUUGCCUUAACACUCACAGCAAAUAAAUAUUUGGAUAUUGGAAUCAACGUGGGACCUACGUCCUUUGUGGAAUUAUUUAUUGGCGACAAUCAAGGUAAUCGAUUAAUCCUAUCUUAUGCAACGUGGAAGAUAUUUAUUGAGAGACGUGUGGACAUUGAACGACUCCUGCAGUCAACUGUGACUUCAUCUCUAUUGAUUGGAGAUCUGGAAUUUGAAAAAAUAUGUGAUGUAAAUAUUAUAAAAUUAAAAUCACGCGAUACUUGUUUGUACAUGAAGCCAUCAACUGUAGUCUUCAUGUUCAAACUUGAAUAUUGCAUCGAGCACAUGUAUUGUAUAUCGGGCUAUGUCAGAAUAUACCCGAAGCCAAUAAGAAAUUUAACAAAUUUGUAACUAUUUUACGUCAAAAUUGUAUCACUGAUAAAUGUAAUGC